UGCGAAGUGUAUGGAGCAAUCUUUUUGUUCAGUUCCCCUUGAAUUUCAUUUGUUAGCCUGUUCAACAUGUUUAUGUCUUUUAGAACUUUAGAUUAGAAGUAGAACAAUCCAGUUGGAUUUGAAGUUUGUGUGAGUAACAUGGUUUUUCUUUUUAGGUGUACACUAAUCAUAUAUUGUUUCAAUAUGGUAUUAUACAAUUUCAGCCUUUUCCCCCUCUUGUUCUUGUUAAGCUGUUUCGGGCUUUCGGCAGAAUCACUAAUAAUCUGCAACUUGAGACUUUCUGAUCUGAAGAAGCAUCAGAAACCAGUCACAUUUCUGUUUCUGCUACUGUGAGCACCUAGCUUCUUUUUUUUUUUUUGCCAGUAGAGCACCUAGCUUCUUCGUUUGAUGCAAUCUGUAAGUAUUUACCUGUCCUAGCAUUGGGUCAUAAUGCAACAUUAAUAUGGUCUUAUAUUCUUGCCUGAUCCUUCUCACAUGGAUUGGGACCUGUAUAACCAUUAAUAUAAUUGUUGCUUUUGUACCAGCAAACCACAGUUAGGAACAUCCAAUUCAGAUGUAUUUUGUGCAUUUCUUUUGUCGAGCUGGGUAAGUAGGCAGCUGUGAUUUUCAUGGUGCAAUUUACUUUGUGUAUAACUUCUGAAAUUCCCCAGUCACCAGUAAACAAAAUCUGGGGCUCCCAUCAUAGAUCCACUCUACAAUAUCAUGAGAUACUAUGUGAGUAUGUGUUACGGUUCUUUAUGCUGGUAAACUAAAUUGGGAACUCACCGCAAGUCACAAUCCUGUCUUGUGUUAUGUCUUGUCAAUGUUCAGUUUCAAUACAAGUCCAAUAAUUGGUCAUGUAUUCAUGCGUGUUGUUACUUUAGAUGCUUAAUAUGAUGAUUUCAUGAAUUUUCUUUCUCAGUACAAAACUAAAAAUGGUGAAAUGUGUGCCAUUUUAUAUGUUCUAAAUGUAGAAGAUAGUAAAUUCUGAUACACCACUCAUCAGCCUCUAAAGUGAUUCAGCAACCUUACACCAUUUUGUAUUUAAUACAGCAAACAUCAUACUACCUCCGGUCGGAAUUACUUGUCACUGAUUUGGUACAAUUUUGUAUUAAAUCUGGGACAAGUAAUAUGGGUCGGAGGGAGUAUUUGACUUGUUGUCCCUACUAUUGCUGCUUUUGUCUCAUGUCAGCAGCAACAUCAUAUUUAUGCCCAUCACCAAAAGAACUUAGACAAAUGUUGCAAAUUGUACCGAUUUGAGAAGUACAAGGGUUGGUUUCAAAGUGGAUGAACUCAAAAGCAGCACGGUUUAAUCUCAACUUUGUCCUUGUGCCAACUUAAGGAUGGUGAAGCUAUCUAACUCAAGAACAGAGUCCGGUGAUGCAGCAAUUGGAUUAUAAAAGAGAACAAACUUUUUAGACUACAUGAUAUUUUUUUUGCUAUUUAUACCGCAUAUGUAGACUUGUUUAGUUUUAUACUUUUAUUGAACUAGAAAGUACUUGAUGUGUAGUAUGGAAGAAUUCCCUAUCCUGUUCACUCAGUUUGACAGCCAGAGUAAAGAGAAUCUUCCCAAGGAUACCGAAGCAGUGGAGUGCCAGUGUCAUCAUUAGCCAUGUUCAGAAGAUAACUUCUUUGUGUUGGAACCCAUGACACAGUCUGCAUAUCACCCUGGUUCUAGGCUGCCUCCCCUCACUUCAUGGUCACGUUGGGUAGAUUUUAGGGCGUCAGUUAUUGAGUUGUGGCUAAACACGUUGUGCAUUACUAGCGUAUCCUUACCAUCUACAUUUUAAUUCUUUGCUUUCUUUGGUAUUCUGUACCAUUCCUUCCGAGCAAUGAAUAUAGCAGUUACCCUGCUGUUGUCAAAAAAAAAAAACUUAACAGGAGGGGUCUAUUCCUCUCCUCUCCAUAAAUAAUUCAGUUUCAGUUCAAGUCUGUUCCUCUCCUCUCCAUAAAUAAUCAGGUAUCCUCCAUUGCGCACAGUGGGUCUUAAUUCUCAUAAUUAUAUAUCUUCAAGUAUUAAAUGUGGGUACCUCCGCACAGCUUGCAACUUUUGGGUUCCCCCAUAUUAUAUAUGCAGCCUUUGCACUUACGCUGUUGAGAAGAAUCUCUCUCUGAGGUCGUGCAACUUGUGUCCUUGGGAAAAUAUCCAGGAUGCCAGGACAAGGCUCUUUGUAGGGAGUUUGGUGUUUAGUUCAUCUCAAGUGGCGCCCCUAUAUCUAUCUGUAACUGAGGCUUGGGCAUCAGCAUUGCUGAGGCUGCUUCUCUGCAGAAGCAUUGUCUUGUAGAGCUUCUUGACAUUUGGCAAAAGAGCGAUCACGGGAUGGACAAGUCUUGCCAAGAAUGCAAGGAGUACAUUGCACAUCAAUAUUGGCACCACAUGAAUAAUCGGAAAAAGCGUUUCUUCAAGAUUAUGAUUAGUGAUUUCAGAAAUGGAGUGAAUAUACCAGAGAAGUUUGUGCGCAGUGUUGGCGGACAUAUCCCUGAAUUAGUCAAACUAGAAACCCCAGAUGGUAACACACACACUGUCCGUGUUGCCAAGGAACAGAAUAAUCUAGUCCUUCGAUCUGGAUGGGAAAUAUUUGCAAGUGUUUAUGAACUUGAAGAGGGUGACUUGUUGAGGUUCAGAUACAGUGGGGACUCCCACUUCAAAGUUGAGAUCUAUGAUCUGAGUGCUUGUGAGAAAGAAUCAUCCUGCGUUGUUAUGAACUGCAAUCCUUGUCUCCAAAAACGAAGCAUACCUCAUGAUAGUCCAAUGCGGUCACCGGGGGAUGAAAAGUUAGCAACACGUCACAAUGGUAGUUGCAGCAACAGUUGUAAAACUUCGAAGACGAAUCCAGCAGGAUCUCCUAUACGAAAACCAACUGAAAAAGAUACCCCACCUUCUAAAGGCAGUCAAGACCCCAUGGAUUCAGAUGAACUUCGGACGACCACCAGGUCUUGCUAUGUCUUGGCAAUAGGCUGCAACCUUACUAAGGCACAUAAGGCGGAAAUCGACGAACUCGAGCAGAAAAACAAGUCUGAGAUUCCACUGUACGUCAAGACCAUGGACAGAACCAGUCUCGUUGAUGGAUUUCUGGUACGUUGCACCUGUAGCUUUGUAAUAUGCAAGGAUUACGCUAGGAAAUACCUUCUUCCAUACUAAGAUGAAAUCAUCACACUUUGUCAUGCCAACCAUAGCAAGACAUUGGGUGUUCAUUUUGAGAUCAAGACAGAUGAUACCUACAUCCUUUCUGCUGGUUGGUUCGGAUUUGUUGAGGACAAUGAGUUACAAGAAGGUGAUACUUGCGCGUUUGAAGUCUUAAAGAGCCAGAGAAGUUUCACAAUGGCAGUUCAUGUGCUUAAAGAAGGCUUUUAUCAUCCACCGGGUAAAACCUUUAGGCCUGAAGAUAAUGUGAGGUUCACACGAUUCACCACUUUGGAAGGUCUGAUGAAGACUGAAGUAUAUGAGAAAGUAGAAGCUAUUGAGUCUGGAAUCCCGAUUUUCGUGUCCAUCAUGCUGAAAACCAAUAUAGAUGGCGGCAGGACAUCUAUUCUGUCCUUCAGUAUGGAUUAUGCCAGAGAUGAUCUCCUCGCUGCGGGCCCAAUAAUAAGGCUUCAUCGGCCAGGGGAGAGCAAACCAUGGAAAGCUACAUACAAGAUCAUAAGUAACAGGUGUUGGUUGGCUGGAGGCUGGAGGCGAUUCACCAUUGAAAACAAACUGAGACUAGGUGAUAUCUGCCUCUUUGAGCGGAUGGAAAACAGGAAGAAGCUUCGGAUGAUGGUCCAUAUCAUCCGGAAAGAAGACUCCCACUCUCUCUCGGUGUAUGUGUGGAGUUUGCAACAACUUUCUGCAGUGACUGACGUUAAAUGACAGAUAAUGGAUGAGGAAGGGAAGGGAAGGUGUGAGAGGUGCAAGGAGUGGCAAGAGCACUUCUACUGGGAGCACAUGGAUGUGAGCAAGAUGAGGUUCUUCAAGCUCAUGACAGGAGAUUUUGAGCAGCACAUUAGCAUACCAGAGAAGGUUGCGAGCAAAUUCAUCAGGCAGAUGCAGAUCGUGGAGGGGUUUGACCUGAAGGCGCCGAGCGGCGAGACAUGGCAUGUGGGUGUCACCAAGGUUGCCAAUGAGCUGUUCUUCAGGCUAGGAUGGAGAGAUUUCGCCAAGGCUCAUGAACUGCAGGAGAAUGACCUGGUGCUCUUUACAUUCACCGGCAACUCCUCCUUUGAAGUCUUGAUCUUCGAUGCUAGCGGCUGCGAGAAACUGUCUUCACUCUUUUCCGGCAAAAUGCGAGAACAUUUCGAUGAUCUUGGUGGUCAACACGUUGAGCAACACUCUCUGAUUGAUGACUGUGAUGACAAUGAUGAUAAUGACUCUGAUGACAAUGAUGAUAAUGACUCUGGUGAAGAUGAUAGUGAGAGUUUGCCGUCUCUGUCGGUUGAGUCCUCUCACAAGAAGUCCUCUACUUCAAAGAAAUUCAGUGCGAAGACUAAACCAAGGAAAGAGCCUUCUCAAUCACCAACCAGUAGCAGUUGUGAUGAUGUUAAGCAUGAGACAAGCGACGGAGAUGAGAGUGAUCAUGAACCCUACUACUCGAGGUCUGCGAAACGGCUACUCGACACCGAAAAGAGAGAGAUAAUCGGUCUUGCUUUGAUCCAACCGGACAACCCGGCUUUCAUGACGGUUCUGCAGACGAGCAACGUGCAAGGCAAACACAAAUUCCUGAUCAUCCCCAUUGAAUUUGCUGCUGACCAUCUUCAGAGGAAGUCACAUGACGUCCUGCUCAUCAGGCCGGGCAGAGAAGAUAAGUGGUAUGUCAGGCAUUACCAGGGGAGCUCCAGCAGAGGCUUCAAGUGUCAGCCCUGGGCCAAGUUCGUCCGCGACAACAGACUGCAUGAAGGCGACGUCUGUGUCUUUGAGCUGAUCAAAUGCGCGAGAAGGAAGACGAAGAAGGCGGCGAUGGCGAUGAUGGUCGUCCAUGUUGCCAGGAGGAGGAAGGCCGACAGCCGGUUUGUUGCAGUGGGCUAAUGAAGGUCGUGCACCAAUCUUCAUCUUGUUCUACUUUUUGGUAUGUAAUAUGCAGUGCAGGUGUGCAAGUAUGUUUGGAGAACUGAAUGUUUCUGAAUGCUAACUGCUAAGCGAAUGUUUAUGUGUAAGCUAAUAUGCAGUGCAGGCCUGCGCUUUCCUGAUAAGUGCAAUGGGGAGAGGCUGCUGUAAUCUGCUUUUGUAAACUGCUCUGAAAUUAGGUUUGUAGGUUCAGUUGAAGCUUGUGGGUGUUAACAAUGGUGAGCUAUUGCUUUAAUUUGCUUCUCAUGCAUUCCUGUGGCUGGGGCAACCGUACUUUUAUUUGCAUGUACAGUAAAAUAAAAUAUGGUAUAAACUUUAUUUCAGCGAAAAUUCGCUUUUCAACUUUGAACGGUAAAAUGCGAGGGACCCUGAACUACGAAACAGUUCAGUUUACAGACCUCAAUUGGUUUUCCAGGUGGUUCUGGUUGACUUGUGUAUAAGCCGAUAAAAUUUUGUCAAUAGGUUAUGCACAUUUUUAUGUACCAAAGUCACCAGAUUAUACAUGUUAUGUUUUGAAUAUACUGUUAGUUUGAUGGCUUCAUUCUUGGAGCUUCUCUGCAGGAUUUACUCCUUCUGCCAACAGGUUUAGGCCUAAAGGUAAUGUGAGGUUCACACGAUUCACCACUCUGGAAGGUCUGAUGAAGACUAAAGUAUAUGAGAAAGUAGAAGCUAUUAAGUCUGGAAUCCCGAUUUUCGUGUCCAUCAUGCUGAAAACCAACAUCCAUGACAGCAGCACAUGUAUUCUGUCCUUCAGUUUGGAUUAUGACAGAGAUUAUCUCCCCGCUGACGCUGAGAGCCAAACUACGAGGCUUCAUCGGACAGGGGAGAGAACUUGAUGGAAAGCUACAUACUUACAAGAUCUUGGAUAACAAGUGUUUCGCUGGUUGGAGACUGGAGGCGAUUCACCGCUGAAAACAAACUAAGAGUAGGCGAUAUCUGCCUCUUCGAGCGGAUGAAAAACAGGAAGAAGCUUUGGAUGAUAUGGUCCAUAUCAUCCGGAAAGAAGAGUAUUGUUGAUUGCCGUUGCUGCCUUUUGCACCUAUGCUUUUGUAAUAAGGAAAUCUAGUACUGGCAGUGCCUUUUGUGUUCGAACUUCUCAUGAUCAUGUCCUUUCUGACUCACUAGAGAGGCUUGCAGGUGUUUCCAGCCCACCAAAUCACCUGGAUGUGAUGUACUCUCAAGAACAUUACCUGGAUAUGCUGUUGCUUCUGGUUAGUUUGUUUAGGAGAAUUAUGAGCACUAAAUGUUUUGACUUUUGAGUAGAAGAUAAAAAUGUCUUAAGUCUUGAAUUUGAAUAUCAGGAUAAGUUAAAGUUA